CAGUUAUCGACUCCAGUCUGUUCGACCUGGGGCAAAUCCUCUUCUUCAACGGUUCCAACUAUAAAAGUGGCAGCUGCCCUUCCCCGUUGAGUAUCUUGGCACAUUUUAGACCGCCGCACACAACUUCUUCUUUGCUGGUUCUCUUCGAAGAGUGUCUUUGCAGCCUAAGCCAGAUUGUACCACAUACAACAACACAAACAGCAACAUAACUAGCAAUUAUGCCAGGUAUCAGCACCAACUCCAUACACGCGGACCAGGAAUUGAACAGAGUCAUUGAUGUCGUUCCGCCAAUCAAUGUCACCACCACAUUCCGUUACCCAGAUGAUCCUGAGGACAUAAAACCUGCUGUCGAGUACCGUGAUGCAGAGUACGACCCCUCCACUUCAAGACCCAUUUAUUCUAGAAUUGGCCAUCCAAACUCUACCCGUGUAGAAAAAGUGUUGGGAAAGAUCACCGGUGGCGAGUGUGUGAUAUACAACUCCGGAUUGAGUGCCUUCUUUGCCGCCAUCAUGCACUUCAACCCAAAGACCGUUGCCAUUGGUGACGGUUACCAUGGUUGCCACAACAUCUUGCACUUGUUGGAAAAAAACUACGGUUUGAAGAUUGUUGGCUUGGACCAAUUGGAUCAGCUAUCCAAGGGUGACUUGAUACACAUUGAAACACCUGAAAAUCCCUUCUCUAUUGUGCACGAUAUUCAAUACUACGUCACAAAGGCAAAGGAAAUUGGGGCUUUCACUUUAGUCGAUGCCACAUUUGCCCCACCUCCACUAUCUGAUCCUUUCGAUUUUGACGUCGACAUGGUCAUGCACUCCGCAACUAAAUACUUCGGUGGCCAUUCUGACUUGUUAGCUGGUACGUUGACUACAAAGGAUCCUAACUUAAAGCUUCAACUUGCUAGUGUCAGACCUUUCUUAGGCACUAACAUCGCCAACUUAGAAGCCUACCUCAUGUUGAGAAGUUUAAGAACUUAUGAAUUGAGAAUCAACCAGCAGAGCACCUCUGCUACCAAGAUUGUCAAGUAUUUGAACGAGCAUAAGGAUUCCUACCCUUCCUUGACUAAAAUACAUCAUUCAUCACUACAAAAGGACGCUUUCGUGGCUAAGCAAAUGAAAGGCGGUGAUGCUCCAGUUUUCAGCAUCGAGCUUUCUACUCCUUUGAAAGCCAAGAGCUUGCCAUCCAAAUUAAAGUACUUUCAACACGCCACUUCUCUUGGUGGUGUCGAAUCCUUGAUUGAAUGGAGAGCGGUUACUGACGCCUCGGCCAGUCAAAACUUACUUAGAGUCAGUGUUGGUAUUGAAAACACAGAAGAUCUCAUCGCUGAUCUUGACGCUGCUUUGAAACAGUCUUAAACGGACGGUAAGCAUCGUUUCUCUAUCACACAAUAACUUAAUUUCUUUAUAGUCAGCCAGAUAGCGUAACGAAAAACAUCGAAUUACAAAACUAAAUCUAAACAACGUUAAGCGCGUUUACUGAAA